UUUGUUGUGGUCUGCUCGGUUUUGUUCCACCAAGACAUGAACUGGGAUAGUUAGUGACCACUAUAGAAACCUCCACAAAGCUGCUUGUUCUACCUCCACUGCUUGCUUUAACCCUUCAUCUACUACUAUUUUCAGCGAUAGUACUUCCUGCAAAUGUGAUCACAAUCUCGGUAUUUUUUAGGCUGAUGAAUCUCGAGUGGAGAAGAAGGUAAUAUACACAAGUAACUACAGAAGCAUUGUUGAUGACAAACAAUAAAAAAACAAACCCACAUUACUUUUCUAUCAAAGAAAACAAUAGACAAACUGAUAUUUUCCACAAAAGCAAGUAAUAUGUAAUUAUGUAUCUUGAAUUUUUUUUUAAAUAACACUAUGUCUUGCAUAAACGUUAUUUAUAGAGAAUCAUCGUAGAGAAGAGUGAUAGAACUAUUAAUUCAUAGGCCAAAAAUACUCUUAAAUAUCACAGAGCUCCCAAAAGCACAAUCAAAGCCAAACCCACCAAACAAAAUAUGGCAGAUCAACAACAACAGUUCCAGCAACCUCUUGUUGUGUAUCCAUCUUCCUCUUCCUCUUCUUCAGCAGCAUCAUCAUCCUCUUAUGCACUUCCCUCGUCCUCUGGUUCAAGUGUCUCAUUCGGUACUGCGUUCAUUGUUCUAGCUGCGAUCCUUGUCUUAGCAGCACUGGCUUGUGUGUUUGGAAGGCUAUGCAACCGCGGACGCAAGGAUCACAAAAACAACAACAAACCUUCAAAGCAUGAGAAACCGUCGUCAAAGAAGAGCCGUGAGAUCAGACCUGUGGAACGUGAGCCGAGAGAGAGACGUGAUGAUUUGGAGUUUGGGUUUGAUAUAAAGCGUCCUGGUCCAAUGAGCAAACCUUCUGGUCGAAACGAAGGAGAUAUUGAGUUUGGGUUUGAUAACAAGAGAAGAGGAGGAGGAAAGAAAGGACCACAUCCGGUUAAUAAACAUAGAGCAAGGUUCAACUGAUGGGAAAAAUAAAUUUUGACCUCAGAGACGGUGGCUCCGACAUUAAUCUCCGGUCAGGACACAUGAUCUACAUAAGACAAGUGACUUACUCAAGCUUGUUUUUCUUUUUUUUUAGCAACACUCAAGCUUUUUUUUUUUUUUUUUCAUCAAGUGUUUUUUUUUUAUUUAAUAAAAUCGGGUCAAACCCAUAAUACAAGGCCCAAAGCCUAAAUACAUAAACAAAAGGGUUAGAAGCCCAAAAGCCUACUGGCUGCAAACUAAACACUUCAAACAGGCCCGCGGCCCAAAUCACAUAGACCCGAACGACAUAGCCUGGAAAACACGCGUCAAGAAAUCUGGCUAUCGACGACGACAGAGCUGUAAAAGCUUUCUUCUUCCAGAAUCAAACCUUGAUCUAAACGAGCCGCUUCUCCACCGCAGAAAAACUUCUUCACGACCGCGUCUUCACUCCAAACAACAAACCGCCAUGCAUUAUGAAUUAGGCCGGAGCCACAGCUCAGAUAAGGCGAAAAUGGAAAAAUACAAAAGAGAGGUACUAGGAUAACUUUUAAAUGGACGGACCCUAGUUCCAGCAACAACACGCUUGUGCACGCGUCGGCUGCCGGAACCAACUAGAUCUGUUUUCUCUCUCUUGCUCUCUCUGUGGUAUGGUUAAUCUAAAAUUAUCGCCCCAUAUAUAUGCUUCUUUCUCUGCUACAUAUGUUUCAUACACUCAAGCUUGUUUAACUUUGUCUUUUUCUUGUUUGUUUAAUUAUGGUUUAUUUUUUUUUUUUUUUUCUGUCGAUUGGUAUAUUGUUUCGUAUGGGUAUGGGCCGUAUGGCACUUUAAAAUUAGAUCAAGUUAUAUAUGAAAAGCAAAUGGAAAAGAAUUAGAUGACAAGUAAUACUACAGGCCCAAUCUAUAAAAAAAAAGAUGUCGCAUAUCAGAACGCAAGCAAGAUUAAAAUCACUCCUUUUGAUCAAAAAAAAUAAAAGAACUGCUAUGAGUUUUUUUUUUUUUUUUCUUUUUCUUGUUCUGAGAUAUAAUAAGUCUUUUGAGCCAAACGGCCAUGGAGCAAAACUAAAGGUAGCUAAAUAUGAUUAGUUUAUUUUACUCACAUAAUUAUUGGACCAUACUUUAAGAAUACCAAUAAAAAUAGUUGGGUGUGUGUCAAUAUUAUUGGGCAUAUUCCAAAAUUGACGUAGUCUAUAACCAAUAACAUGUACUUCAUAUAAAACUCUUUUGGUAAAUAUAAUAACAAUAUGAUACAAUCGAGUGAAAUGAGUUAGAGUUGCAUCGAAAUAAUGUGAUCUCUUCACACAAUACAUGAAUUAUGUUUUUCAAUUGAUUUCGCGAAUUUUAUUUUCCUUUAAAACUUUUUUGAGUUCUGAUUCUUCUAACAAUCUGAUUAUGUUUCUAAUUGUUGGGUUGAUACGAAAACUCUAUAAAGAAGAAUAAUUUUU